CGUCACCAAUAUUUACCGACCCCUCACCUUCCCCCCCUCCCCGUAACGUCACUUCCUGGUCCCGCCUCCUCCGGGGGAGGGCGGCCGGCGGCGGAGACGAUGGAGAUGCAGUCGUACUACACCAAGCUGCUGGGAGAGCUGAACGAGCAGCGCAAGAGGGACUUCUUCUGCGACUGCAGCAUCAUCGUGGAAGGGAGGAUCUUCAAAGCCCACAAGAACAUCUUGUUCGCCAACAGCGGGUAUUUCCGAGCCCUGCUGAUUCACUACAUCCAGGACAGCGGCCGCCACAGCACAGCCUCGCUGGACAUCGUCACCUCCGAGGCCUUCUCCAUCAUCCUCGAUUUCCUUUAUUCCGGGAAGCUGGAUCUCUGCGGGGAAAAUGUUAUCGAGGUGAUGUCCGCAGCCAGCUAUUUGCAGAUGACCGACGUGGUCAACUUCUGCAAAACGUACAUAAGGUCGUCGUUAGAUAUCUGCAGGAAAAUAGAGAGAGAAGCUGCGUUCUAUCAGGCCGAUAGCGGGAGCGCCGGCUCGGCCAGAGAGGGCACCUCGUACAGCUCCAAGAGCCAGUGCUCUGCCUCCCUCUCCUCCCUGCAGGAGAAGGAAAGGAUUUCGGAUUGCCAGAGAGACCCUCCCUGCGGCGAGUGCAGCAGCUGCCAUCCCCUGGAGCUGGUGGUCAGAGACCCCGGGAGCAGCGAUUCUCCAGACGACGUUAAUUCCUCGCUGCCCAAAGGGGUGGAACCCAAAGUGGAGUUUGACUCGGAUGAAGUGGAGGUGGAGGUGGGCGACCGGCUGCCGCAGUACCCGACUCCCCUGUCCCUGGAGCAGAUGGAGGAGGGUCUGCACGGCGGGCAGGCGAUGGACCUGGCCUGCAAUAACUAUCACAUGAAACAGUUCCUAGAGGCCCUGUUGCGCAACAGCUCGGCUCAGAGAAAGGAUGAGGUGGUUCAUCACUUCGUCCGGGGCUUUGAGGGUAGGCCAGAGGAUGCAGGGGUAGCCAUGAGUUCCAUGAUGGACAUUCACAGCGACUGGUAUGGUGAGGACACAGGUGAUGUGUUAGUGGUGCCCAUCAAGCUCCACAAGUGCCCGUUCUGUCCCUACACGGCGAAGCAGAAGGGAAUUUUGAAGCGUCACAUUCGGUCCCACACGGGCGAGAGGCCCUACCCCUGCGAGACCUGCGGGAAGCGCUUCACGCGCCAGGAGCACCUUCGGAGCCACGCUCUGAGUGUGCAUCGAUCGAACAAGCCGAUCAUCUGUAAAGGCUGCAGGAGAACGUUCACAAGCAGCCUCUCCCAAGGAUUGCGCCGCUUUGGCUUGUGCGACAGCUGCACGUGUGUGACCACCACCCACGAGGACUCCAUGCCCAUCAACCUCAGCCUGGUGGAGCCUUCCUCGGAAGGGCAGGAGAAGGGCGACGCCGAUAACGACUGGCCCAUAUACGUGGAGUCUGGGGAGGAGAACGACCCAGCGGAUGAUGAUGAUGCUGAUGGUGAUGACAAGCAGGAAAUCCACAGGAGUCUGUCGGACCGAGAAACACUCAUGUAGCAGCAGGAGGAAAGUGGAAGCAUUUGAAGCGUCUCCCUGGUGGUGGUUGGUCUGCAACAGGACUGCAUGUUUGCCCAAUUAAUGAGACUGUGCUGGUUUUUAUUAUUCCAUUUUUUUAAUAGAAGAGUGGGGAGAAUUGGAAUUUUUAAUACUUUUAAGUUUUCAGUGCUGUGCACCAGAAAUCUGUGAAGAAUCUUCUGUCUGGGGUUCACAGAGGUUGUACUUGAGCAAUUGCCAGCGGUGUCUCUGCCUCCUAGUCGUGAUUUUUCAGGUGGAACAUUUCUGUGUUGUUUUAAUAACAGGUUUCUUCAAAUAAUGCUGUCAUGGACCUUAAUCCCUGAUCUGAAAAGGAGCAUCAUCUUGUCCCUGAAGAUUACAUUGAAAGAAAUGUAGUUUUCACCCAUUACCUUGGACUUUUCUAAACUAAGGUGUGAUCCUCCUGUAUCCAGACAGUAUUAUCUAAAUUAUAUAUUGCUUAGACUGGAUUUGAUCUGGAAACCAGGGCAGACAAACCAGGAUAACAAAAAUAUGCUGCUGCUGAAAGCCUAGACAGUAAGAAUAAAUGUAUUUCACGUGUCCUUAAUUGCAGGUAUUUAGAGAACAAGGUGCUUUUCUAUUGUUUUUACUGCAUCUCCCUCCCUCAAGAGCUCGGGCUACAGAUCUUCAGAUGUGUCUUUAAUGUCAUUUAGACAUUAGCAGUCUUGGCUUAAGAAAUAUCAAGCACACGUUGUGGUGUCUGGUGUCCUGCUCUCUCAGUUUAGACUACGUGAACUGCCCUGUUCUCUUCAGCUUUUUACAGCAGAAGUUAAAAGCCGUCAGUCAGGUUACUUGGGAAUUGUGAUUCUGGUAGAUUAUAUAGCCAGAUUCACAGCUGAUGUAGCCGAGGAGAAGUUAAAUAGAAAUAUCUCAGCUGUGCAUAUCAAAGAGCUCUGAAUACCCUUUCUGAAGUAAUCGGGUAGAUUUUUUUACUAGCCUCUUUGUAUGCAAAUCCUUUCCUUUCUCUUUUAAUAUAUUUCCUUUUUUUGUCUUUGGUGAUCCUUCUUAUGGUUUAUGUUACAUGAAUUUAUCCAAGUACCUCAUGUUUCUUUGCUGGGAUAGAUAAAGGCUGGCUUUCAAAGGAGGUAAGAUUUUUUUUACUUUUCCAGUACCAAGUUGAUAUCAAAAAUCAACCUGGGAAAGAAAGAUCAACCUUUAAAAGAAAACCCAAUGCCAACAGAAAGCCUGUUUGCUUAUGGGUGACCUACUGUUUCCUAAUGAAGAGACAAAACUGAAAUAUACUGUGAAAUAAGACUGUUAAUGCUUCUUUACUAUGUUGUUCUUAAGUGUUUCAUGAAAAGGCAAAUUGUAUACAAGUCUUUCAGCUGGAGUCGGUGCUGGAUCAAAACCUGUAGACAGACACACAGACACGGCUGAGAAAGAAUGAGCAGUUCCUCCCACUUAAUGAGACGUCAUAGUGACACACAUCAUCACAGAAAAAUCUCACUGGGACAAGAUCUUUAAAAAAUCCAGGGCUCUAUAGCCUCUGUUUUAGUUAUCUAAAUUAAGGUCGUUAAGGAAACAUCUCACCUAGGUGCUAGAUUUGGAGCUGAGCUCCUUUGAAAUUCCUGCAGUGGUUUUGGGUCCUGAGCACUUGAAAAUCAGAGCUAAACAUGGGCUGGUAAAUCUUGCCAGACAUUUGAAAACGCCACGUCCAGCCUAGUGGGGCUAGUCUUUUAGGCUACUGCUCUGUUUUUGCUGAGUCCGUCCAACAUCAGAGGGUAUUCUUUUGUAUCUGCCUAUCUGAUAAAGGAAGGGUUUCUGCGUAUGAAAAACCUGGAAAAGAGUCACAAUAUCUGUGUCUUUUGGGAGAGUAACUCGCUAAUAGAAGUGGGAUAAGAAUGUAAAUAGGGAUCCAAAACGAUAUUUAGUGACCAGGCAUCCCAACCUCUGGUCAUUCCACCUCAUUGUAAAUAUUGGCAGAGGCCACUAGACGUGGAGUGUCAGCCGAGCACGGCUCUGGGUAGUGAGCCACAAUGAAAAUGUCAGAAGAUUCAGCUUCUGACAGGGGUGAGGUUUGGGGUGACUCUGAAACUGUGAUUCAGAGCAGGGAAAAUGAGCCUCUUGUGAAAGUCUGUAUGGAAUAAGAGCUGCAGGAGACACUGCAGAGACCUUCAGCGAUUAUCCUUCAACCUGCUUUUCUUCGGUCUUAGAGAUUGUUCUUGUGUGUCUUGUGCCUAGAGAAUGGAGCUGUGUUAAGGUUUGUGUAAUGACGGGGGGGUGCGGGUGGGGGGUUCGCCGUUCCCAUUCCAGAUGGAAAGUGACCACCAGUAUCGGUGUUUUUUCCUGUUGAUCUGUCAUAUUGUGCUGCUUUGUUUUCAGUGGAGUCCUUCAACCUUUGUAUUUAGAAGAGGAUGUAGUUUAUCCACAUUCUUGUGACCACACGUCCAUGUAAAUCUGUUUGCUGUGCUUUCCACUUAGUUUUUGGAUGUUUUUCCUGAAAUCUUCCAUUGUAGAUCCAGCCUCUACAAGCUUUGAGAAAAUGAUGUAGCUGUUUUAAAAUAUUCAUAUGGUGCUUAACGAAGAAUAAAAAAAAAAAUGUUUUUAGGAAAGGUAUUUCUAAUAUAAUCUCUUUCUCAAAGUUUUUUAAAGGCCGUGCAGACUACGUAUCUUAAAGUCUUAGCGCUACGUAUUUGACUCUGUUUAGUAUACAUUUUAACGUACUUUUGCACAUAAUUGCAGUGUAUUUCGCUGAAGGAAUACACGCUGCACUGGUAUUUGUAGUGCAUUUAACCUCUUGGUGCAAGACCUUGUAAAUCUUCCAAAUGUGGUUAUUUAAUUUACUGAUGUUUUGUAAGACGGUUUCAUAACUGAAGUCCUUUAGUCUAGUUUAAAUGAGAAAUUCUUAUAAACCGAACCUUAUUUGUAGAAGUGACUUAACUAUAUUUGUGAAUCUUGGAACAUUCUGGAGCUUUUUGAUUGUCUAGAAAAUAAAACUCUCUGAGAGGGUUGCUUUGA